AUGACUCUCGUCCAGUACAUUGUAUUACGUCGUGAUUUAUCAACCAUAUUAAAUUGGCCAUUAGGUGCAUUGAUUGCACAAGGUUGUCAUGCGGCAACUGCAGCCAUUGCUACUUAUUACACACAUUCCGAUACAAUGUUGUAUUUGCAAGCAUUGAAUAGCAUGCAUAAAAUUGUGCUAGGUGUGGAUAAUGCAGAACAAUUGGAAAACAUUGCAAAGAAAUUGAAAGAUGCUAAUAUUGAUUGUUAUUUGUGGAUAGAACAACCGGAAAAUCUCUGCACAGCACUAGCUACACGUCCUUAUGAGAAAUCAAUAAUUCAAGUGUAUUUUAAAGGACUUAAAUUACUAUCAUGA